AUGUCCAAUAAUGGGACCUACGUCGUGCAGCCGGUGAAGGCAGGCGCCUCAACACCAUCCAAAACUUCCUUCCACUUCGCCGCAGGCCUCUGCUCCGGCCUUACCUCCUCCAUUCUCCUCCAACCCGCCGACCUUCUCAAAACCCGCGUCCAGCAAUCUCACAAAACCGCCGCCCUCCUCCCAACCCUCAAAGCCAUCCUCUCCUCCCCGAAUCCAGUGCGCGGACUAUGGCGCGGCACGCUGCCCUCAGCACUCCGCACGGGCUUCGGGUCCGCUCUCUACUUCACCAGCCUGAAUUCCCUGCGCCAAACACUCGCCCAAACCAAUGCGCCCUUCGCCCUUGCUAGCCCACCACCCGGUGGUAGCGCCGCCAAACAGACUUCCUCUUCCUCGGUGCUUCCGAAAUUGUCCAAUACGGCGAACUUGGCGACGGGGGCUGUUGCGCGCGUCGCGGCGGGGUUUGUCAUGAUGCCGGUCACCGUUCUGAAGGUGCGAUACGAGUCUGACUAUUACGCCUACCGGAGUUUAUGGAGCGCGGGUCGGGAUAUCCUGCGGACGGAAGGGAUGCGCGGUCUAUUCGCAGGAUUCGGCGCUACGGCUGCUCGCGAUGCACCGUAUGCCGGUUUAUAUGUGCUGUUCUACGAGCAGCUGAAGCGGCAGUUUGCUUCGAUGGCUCCAACGCGCUCUCCUACUAGUGACGGGACACCUCCGGCCAGCAUGUCUUCGUCGUCGAUCCAUUUUGUGUCAGGUGCUUCCGCUGCGGGCCUGGCGACAGCAAUUACCAAUCCGUUUGAUGCAGUCAAGACCCGGCUGCAGCUCAUGCCAUCCAAGUAUGGCAAUAUGAUGCGUGCGGUGAGGUUGAUGAUUCAGGAGGAUGGGGUGCGGAGUCUCUUUGGCGGACUGGGGAUUCGCAUGGCACGCAAGGCGCUCAGCUCGGCACUUGCUUGGACUGUCUAUGAGGAGCUCAUUCUCCGUGCUGAGAAGCGGUGGGCGGCAGAUCAGCAGAUGAACCUAUGA